GGUGCUAAAAAAAUUGAUGGUGCACGAACAAACUUCGCACAAGUUUCGGCUGCUCAGAAAGUUUGGCCAAAUGCCAAAAUUCAAAUUUGUUUUUGGCAUCUUAAGAAAGCAAUUAAAAAACGUCUUACUGAUAAUACAUAUCCAAAAGUUAUUAAUUAUAGUUCAUAUUCAGCACACCAGGUAUUUGAGUUUAUUGAUAUCGAAUUUUAUCCAACACCACCAUCUCAAAUGACCCCAGUGCAAAAAAAAAGCUUUUGCUUUUGCCCAAAAGAACUACGACCUAAAAUUCUAGACAUGAUAGUACAACAUAUGCAUUUUCACUCUUUAAUUCCAAAUACAAGUGGAGUUUAUUUAACGGCAUAUGAAAUUUGGAAACAGUCAACGAAACAAGUUUAUGAAUUUUGCACAUAUCAUGAUUUAAAACUUUUGUGGAUUUAUUUAUGGGAACAUUGGUAUCGUGAAGAACUUUGGGUUCUAUGGUCACACUCUGCAUAUGAUAAGAUUUGUUUAUUCCGUACCACAAUGCUGUGUGAAUCGCACUGGAAGGUCAUUAAACAGGAUUUUUUGCCUAAAUUUUUUAGGCCACGUCUUGAUUUAUUAACUUAUAUGGGCGCUUUGCAAUAG